AACUUCAUUUCAAAACCCUAACAACCCCCCGCCCCUUCCCCCCUAAACAGACAAAACCCAAAGAAAAAAAAAACUUACAGUAAUGAAGCUUACAGAAGGAGAAAGAAAGCAAGCGGAAGCUAACCGGUUAGCUGCAAUCGCAAAGCGAAAAGCGCUACUACAAUCCUCCAGUGCAGACAUUCACUGUCAAGAAAACCAAUCUCAUUAUUGGAGGCUCGCCAAGUGCCCUAAACUCGCAAACGACAAUGCCCAGAUCCCAAAACGACCUCAAGAUUCGAAAUCGAUGCCAGUUUCCAGUACCCAAUUGUCUAAAAAGUUCCAGGCCAGGCUCGAAAUUUGCUCCCCUGACACUUUCUCGAUCACCCCGGAGACGCUGAAGGGUUGUCUGUACCCGGGCGAUGAAGAGUGCUUGCGAAGAUUGGGGGAUGUUUUAUAUGAUGUUAUGCACUCACAUUACACCCAAGACAGUGGAGGUCGAAAGGCAUGUGUUUAUAAGCUCAGGGAUUAUGGUUCUGUUUUGUCAUGUUUAAGGAAGUCAAAGGAUAUUGAGAUCAAGGAGAUACCCCAUUUAACACUAAGAGUUGUUGAAACAUUUUCACAUUGCUUUGUUGCUGGACAAUGGAGACCGUGUAGACCAGAACAUCUAUCUGAUGAGGAUGUUGAUGAAUUAAUCACAAAGCUACCGGAAACACUAUUGAAUUCACUUCUGCCUUUUCAACUUGAAGGUAUCAAAUUUGGUUUGCGAAGGGGCGGUCGGUGUCUAAUUGCAGAUGAAAUGGGGCUUGGCAAAACAGUCCAGGCUAUUGCUAUUGCUGGUUGUUUCAUUAAUGAAGGUUCUAUUCUCGUUGUUUGCCCUGCUGUUUUGCGUUAUUCAUGGGCAGAAGAAUUGGAGCGGUGGCUACCCUUUUGUUUACCUUCUGAUAUACAUCUUGUUUUUGGUCAUCGGGAUAAUCCUGCCUACUUAGACAAAUAUCCUAGAGUUGUGGUUAUUUCUUACACUAUGCUUAAACACUUGCGGAAGAGCAUGCUUGAACAUGAAUGGGCUUUAUUAAUAGUUGAUGAAUCUCACCAUCUACGAUGUUCACGAAAAUCAACUGAAUCAGCAGAGAUACAAACAGUUCUUGAUUUGGCGGAGAAGGUCAGGCGUAUAGUACUCUUAUCAGGAACACCUUCUUUGUCAAGGCCAUAUGACAUUUUUCAUCAGAUAAAUAUUUUGUGGCCUGGUUUGUUGGGAGUGACCAAGUACAAGUUUGCAGAAACUUACUGUGAUGUCAACUUUGCUCAGACCACUCAAGGUUUUAAGGAUUUCUCAAAGGGUGUUCGCUUGGAGGAGUUGAAUGUGUUACUUAGCCAAACAGUCAUGAUAAGACGUCUGAAGGAACAUGUCCUGGUCCAGUUACCUCCCAAACGUCGGCAGCUUAUAAGGUUGCAUUUGGAGAAAUCAGACAUAGCUUCAGCCAAGGCAGCUGUCAGUUUUUCCAACGCUGAUGCUUUUGAAAAUAAUGCUUCCAACGAUAUUGCUAUGGAGAAACUGGGCGGAAACAAUGAUGGCAUUCACAAUUGCAAUUCUAGUGAACUUUCUUAUCAAGAACUUGGUGUUGCAAAGCUUCGUGGAUUUCGUAAAUGGUUUUCUAAUCACCCACUAAUUGCAAAUUCAGAUGGCGUGGAAGAAUUUGGUUUAAACUCCAGUUCUCAUAAAAUGAUAAUUUUUGCCCAUCACCAUAAAGUUCUUGAUGGAAUACAGGACUUCAUAUGUGAGAAAGGAAUUAGUUUUGUCCGUAUUGAUGGAACCACACUUCCAAAAGAUCGACAAUCAGCUGUACUGUCAUUUAAAUCACCAAAUGGGGCCAAAAUUGCAAUAAUUGGAAUAACUGCUGGGGGUGUUGGACUUGAUUUUUCAUCAGCAAAACAUGUUGUGUUCUUGGAGUUGCCUCAGUCACCAUCUUUGAUGCUUCAGGCUGAGGAUAGAGCUCACAGACGAGGGCAAACAAGUGCGGUCAACAUUUACAUCCUCUGGGCAAAGGAUACGUUGGAUGAGUCACAUUGGCAAAAUCUAAACAAGAGUCUGCACCGUGUUUCAUCUACAACAAAUGGAAAAUAUGACGCAAUGAAAGAGAUAGAAGUUGAAGGCAUUUCUUAUAUGGUUACACCGGAUACAAAUUGCAAACAUAAAAUUUUGGUGAAAGAAACACCUGGAAAACUUUCAGUAGAUUUAGAGCAGCUGCCAGACCCUGAAUGUUCCCAGGAAUUGCAGCCUUCAGAAGCAUUUGCUGAUGUUGCUGUUGAAAUGAAUGAUGGAUCUGACACAAUGAAUCAAACUGGUGACAGCUACAAUGACAGUGAUGUUAAAGGCAUUUCUGAUAUGGUAACACCUUAUGCAAAUUGUAAGCAAAAAAUUUUGAUGAAAGAAGCACCUGGAAAACUUUCACUGGACUUAGAGCAGCAGCAAGACCCUGAAUAUUCCCAGGAUUUGCAGCCUUCAGAAGCAUUUGCUGAUGUUGCUGUUGAAUUGAAUGACAGAUCUGACACAAUGAAUCAAACUGGUGACAGCUACAGUCAUAAUGAUGGUGGUGUGGUUCCUGAUCGACAACUCCAAGAUCUUAAUUCCAUGGGAAAUGAAAAAGAAUUGCAUCCUUCUGCAGCUGAUAUUGGACGAUGCGACGUAUGCCCUCCUUUUAAAAUGGAUAACAGAAGCGAAGAUCAAAAUCCACUGCCAAAUGGAAAGAUAACCACAGCAGAUGUUGGUGCACUAGUUCAACCAUCAGACGCUGAAUGUAAUACUAUUCAAGUUGAUUCUCUGCGGUUUGAGGUAAGUGCCCAUACUGGAAGAAUCCACCUGUAUUCCUGCAUCCAAGGGAAAGAUUUGAGACCUGUGCCACUUUUUGAGAAUUUUCGACAAGAGGAAAUUGAGUUAGAAAAUGCUCUUGCUUGUGGUAGUAAGGAAACGGUUUCCAAAUAUUUCAAGGACAACCCCACAUAUAGGCAUGCUCUUUGGGCCUUCAUUGAUGAAUGGAAUAAUCUAAGACCCAUUGAACAAAGAAAACUACGCGGAAAGCCUUUGCAACUCCCUUUGUCUGUUGAGUUAUGCUACUUGAAGGAAAGCAUUAACCAUAAUACUGGGGGACUGCUAAAAGGUGGGAGCAAGCGCCGCACAACACCUUUUUGUGAGAUAAAUGUUUCUUUGCCUCCAAAUGCUGUGUGGAAAAAGGUCCAUCUACAGCGUAGUUACAGUAAAAAGGAGAAAGAGUAUACUCAGGGUUGGACGCUGACUGGUGAACCACUCUGUAAACUCUGCCAAAAACCAUGCGAGGGGAGAAAUGCCAAGAGUCCUGAAUAUUUUGAGGAUCUUUUUUGUAAACUUGGCUGCUAUGAAGAAUACCGCCUAAGAACUAGCAGCAGUUUCAUCCGUGAGGAACUUUUUCAACUUGAGCACGGUAUCUGCACAAAUUGCCAAUUAGACUGUCACCAACUUGUGAAGCACUUAAAACCUUUAACAUUAGAGAGGCGGCGGGAGUAUAUUGCAAGAGUAGCACCAAAGAUUGCAAGUCAGAAGAGCUUGGUUGACAAGCUUGUUAGUGAUCCUUCCGAGGGCAAUGCAUGGCAUGCGGACCACAUUGUCCCUGUUUAUAGAGGCGGAGGUGAAUGCAGGCUAGAGAAUAUGAGGACCCUUUGUGUGGCCUGUCAUGCUGUUGUUACUGCAGCACAAUGCACUGAACGUCGUUCAAUUCGGGCCAAAGCAAAGAAAAAGCUUAAAGCCAUCAUGGCUGGCCUCAAAAAAGCCGAGAAUAUGGAAAAUAAUUCUUCUUGUGGAAAGGAUCAGGGACCCUCAGAGAUAGUUGAGGACAUACCAGAGGAUGAACUUCUAGUCAAUGUACCUGGUAGUGCUUAUUCUGGGGGAGUAAACUACAACAUUCAAUCUGAGUUGAAGAAUCCCCCAAACCCUUAAUGGUCAUCAAACUGAAAAGUGAAAAAGCAUCCUCCAUGUCAUCCUAUAAUGUCUUGCAUUGGCUAACUUGAACUCGUCCCUUUUGAUCUGUUAUGUACAACAUCGACACAAUCUUCCAACAGAGGUAUGUAUCUGAAACGUUUGCUCAUAUACUUUUAUAGGUUUUUGCUGGUUGGUGACGAAGAUCUGCUAUACUCUCGGGGCUAUCUAACAAUCUCAAGGGGAAAUACUUGAUGAAUGCCAUAUACUUGUGGGAUAUGUAUAUAUAUGUAUAUAGCCUGUAAAUUGGCCAUCAUGGUUGCAAUCCAGUUAUAUUGAUAUUUUUUAUCCAUUUUGUAUACAUAUCAUUCUUUUUAUUUAAUAGUAAUGGCACAGUGAUGAUGCCAAUAUCCAAAA